UAGAGAGCUUACACUGCACUUUGGUAGCAAGCAGUUCAGCUAAUUAGCUCUCCUACGGAGUUCAUGUGUAAACAUGGGGCUGAUGUUAAUUUAAAGUAUUACUUAAAGGAUACUCACUGUUUCAUGGGUCAUUGCUGCUGGAGCCGUGAAAAGGACAUCUGGAAUACAAAUUGAGACUUUGAGACACUGUCAAGAAUUCACCAAGAUACUGAAUUCACUAAAGAAGAUUAAACGCCAUGGUGCCAUGUCAUGAUUGGGUCAUCAGGAGACAAGGAUGGUUUGUCAUUAGCACUUGCUAGGUGUCUCCUUUGGUCUGGAUGAGGAAUUAGAGGAGGACAUGAAGCCAUGUUGAGUCUGCAACUGGAAGCUUUCCAAAAGGAGCUAGAUGCUAAGCAUGAUAAAUAUGAGAGGCUAGUAAAACUCAGUCGUGAUAUUACUAUUGAAAGCAAACGGAUUAUUUUUCUUCUGCACAGAGUAACCAGUGUUGAUGACAUUGAAGAAUUACUGAAUGAAUCUGAGGCCAGAUUUGGUGAUGUUAGAUCAAAGAUCCAGCAAAUUUCCCAGGAAUUGAUUGGUGAAGACAUGUGCCAAUUUCACCGAGCAUUUUCUCCAGGAUUGCAGGAAUAUGUAGAAGCUAUUUCGUUCCAACACUUUAUUCGGACCAGAAGCCUCAUUAGUCUUGAAACAAUUAAUAGGCAUCUAAUCUUUACUCCAACAGAAGUGGAAGCAGAGAAUGCUGAGAAGUCAGCCUUAUCUGAUUCACAGGAUGAGAAACAAGAACAACAACUUCUUUGCCUGCAAGUGACUCCCACAGACUACCUGUUGGGGAUUGCAGAUUUGACUGGUGAAUUGAUGCGCAUGUGUAUCACCAGCGUAGGCAAUGGGGAUAUUGAAACACCUUUUGAGGUGAGCCAAUUUCUACGUGCUAUCUAUGAUGGAUUUACUUACAUUGGUAAUACUGGACCGUAUGAAGUUUCCAAGAAGCUUUACACAUUGAAACAAAGUCUAGGAAAGGUGGAAGAUGCUUGUUACACAUUGACUGUGAGAGGCUCUGAAAUUCCAAAACACAUGCUUGCUGAUGUGCUUAGCUCAAAAACAGCUAUGAGCGAACAUGAGGAAGGUGUAUAACUUGAGAUAUCAACGGAGAAAGGGAUUAUAAUAAUAACUAUUUGUUAGCUUUGUAUGAGAUACGUUUGUAUAAUUGUUCUGUUCAGUUGCAGGUUGUGCAACCAGGAGAUCCAAUAUUAGAUGCUUUUAUAUUUUCAGCAAGUGUUCAGCUGUAACUUGUGCAGUACAUCACUGAAUUUAUUUUCUAGAGGUUGCUUUGGCUACAAAUAUAGUUGAAUUUUUAAACAGGAUUUUAAACUACCCUCCAAAGUACUGCUUCUGUUCAAAAUAAGUAAAAACUUGUCCAGCUUUUUAAAAAAAAACAAAUACAUUCAUUGUUAUCUGAAGACUACUGCUGCUCCUUUCCAGGGAGGUCUAUGAAGUCUCAUUUAUGACCUAAUUUUGUUUUCAAAUUGGUGAUUGGCUAUCAGAUGGGUUUAUCAUUUUUCUCCCACAAGCCCUUUGUUUUAAGGGAUUGGGGGUCAGUUUAUAAAUAGAAAUUUCCACCUUCGUAGGAAAGUGCUUUUCUGCUGAAUGUUCCACUUUUUGUGUCUCAGAACUAAUUCGGUUGUGUCUUGGUAGAAACAAUAAAAAAAAACACUGGAAUUUUUACAUUAUAAUUCCUAAUUUAAAUCUUAAGAAUGAAUCAGUUUAUUAGGAUUCUGUUGGUGAUACAACUACAUUCUUCAGACCCGUAAAUUAAAUAAGGCAGCUUUAAAGAUGAAAUUACAAUUGUAUACAUUGUGAAACCAGAAAAUGUUGGCAAUAAUCAGGUCAGGCAGCACCUAUGGAGAGGGAGAAACAGUAUUCAUGUUUUAGGUAUAUUAAUGUUACAAUGACCUGAGACAUUAACUAUGUCUCAUUCUCCUCAGAUGCAGCUUGAUCUGCUUAGUAUUGUCAGCGCUUUUUUGUUUGUUUCAGAUUUUAACAUUUGUGGUAUUUUGCUUCUGUAUUUUCAUAUGUUGGCAUGAUUUGCAUCUUUGGGUAUGAAAUCUUUUAUUGAAGUUCUAUUAAGACUUUAUAAGUGCAUAAUAAUUAAGAAAAUUAUUGCAAAAAU